CCUCAGGGCCCAGGAGCCAGGGCUGGAAGCUUGGCCCCAGCCCAGAGGGAGCUCUUCAGCGCUCUAUUGGGAGCAGCUGGCCUGGGGGAGGGCUUAAAGCCCCGGGAAGGCGCGGGCAGGUGCUGGAGUGGAGGAGCAGCGGAGGCCUCGAGUGCCCUCUCCUUGUCCCGUCCACCAUGUGGCCCUUCCUCAGCCGCACACUCUUCCCGCCCCCCACCGAGGCCUGGCUCCAGAGGGCUUCCUCCGACCCUGAGGCCCAGGGCUGGGGGGCCUGGAGCAGGACCGAGAAGUCCUCUCUGGGGCCAGGGGGUGAGGAGCGGGAGGCCAAGGAAGCUGACGAAGAGGCAGGCUUCCUGCUGUCUCUCUUGGAGAGGGAGGACCUGGCCGAGAGCCCGGUACAUGACCAGGAGCUGGAGGCCAUCAAACUGAAACUGUGGGCCAUGGAGCAGGCCCAGGGGCCGGAGCCGCCCAGGGCGCAGGCCCAGGCCGGGGAAGAGGCGGGCAUGGGGACCACGCUGGCCGGGCAGCUGCUGAGCCCCAAGACAGGCUGCCAAAGCCCCGGGACCCCCACGGAGAAGGUGCAGGCGGACCACAGAUCCAUCUACGUGGGCAACGUGGACUACGGCGGCACGGCGGAGGAGCUGGAGGCCUACUUCAACCAGUGCGGGGAGAUCCGCCGGGUCACCAUCCUGUGCGACAAGUUCUCUGGACACCCCAAGGGUUAUGCCUACAUAGAGUUUGCCACCGAGAGCGCAGCCCAGACCGCUGUGGAGCUGGACGAGAGCAUCUUCCGAGGCCGGGUCAUCAAGGUGCUACCCAAAAGGACCAACUUACCAGGGAUCAGCUCCACGGACCGCGGGGGUCUGCGGGGACACCCAGGUGCUAGGGGAGAAGCCCUCCCCCACAGCAGCCUCCAGGGCGGAACCCGCUUCAGGCCACGGGGGCGGGGCCGGUGCCGUGCAAGAUGCUCGCCAUGGUAUUCACCAUAUUGAAGAGAUGACCGGACUCAGAGUGGGGCUGGCUCAGGAGUAACCACCAGUCGCCACGUGGGACCAUUUAUGCCAGAGGGCCGGGUCUGGGGUGCUGUGGGGGUCAUAGGGCAGGCUGGCAGGACGGAUGGCAGGGAAGCAGGGGCUCAGCGGAGAGCUGGUGGGCGUCCAGAAAAACCGCCCCUGACCCUCCCCUGGGUGGGAGGACAGCCCACCAGGGCCUCGCUGGGCUGAGGCCACAGAGGUGAGAAGCAGGGCACGCGGUGUGCCUGGCAUGGGAGUGCUACUCGGGCGUUGGAGGGCACUGGGCAAAGCUCCAGGCAGGUGAAGCCCAGGCAGCAGGGUCAGCUCGGGUUGGGAUACUUGGGGUUCUUGGACUCUCUCAUUUUAAAGAAAAACAGAAACGUGUGUCUUAAUGGUAAAGCAUAAAUUAUUAAAUUUGAAUAAUUUUUAAAAGCACGUGACAACGGACCUCUCCUUUAUUCUCUUCUCUUGGACACCUGUCCAGUCUGUGCUUCUCAGGUGGGACUCCACAAAAAGGCAGGUGUAGGAGUGAGGCUGUGGGUCCCAGGGCCGGCUGGACCCCACUUCACUGCUGACAGCCAACGGGCAGCAUUGGGGUUUGCGGUGUAACCGCCAGCUCCUGGCUACAGGGGAAGCAUAGCUAACCGCGUCUUCACUCCAGGUUUGGCAGCCUCCAGGGCACACGCUCCCCCAUAGCGAGUGACAGACACCUGCCUCUGUGUGUCCUCCCCUGUGAGUUGCUGGGGGUGGGGGGCAGGGCACACCUCAUCACCUGGGACAGGCCUGGCCCUCGUCAAGGGUUCAGGGAGCAGAAGGGGAGCUUCCACGCUGGGCGCCCUGCUGGCCCCUGGAGCCAACUCGCCCACUUUCUGCCAGGAGGUGUACAAUGUCCUUCAGUGCACACACACUUGGUUCUGGCGUUAAAUCACUAACAGACCUGUCUUGGCCUUUCUACUGCCACUCUCUUCACCUUGCUGUGCUUAUUUACCAGUCCCUUAAGCCACGAACAGCUGCUCUGUGCUUCAGUCCAUGGUGGUGGUCCGUCCCCAGUCCCCUUCUCCAGCACUGGCAAAGACAGCAUUCUCUGGGUGGGGGGCAGCCGCCUCUGCACUCUCCACCCACGUGCGUCUCUGACUUCCUCCCUCAGGCCAGGUCCACACUCCCCUUGUGAUCUGGGGUCAACGUUGGCCCUUGUAGUGGGGUAAAUAAUGGCCCUGCCCAAAAAAUAUGUCCACAUCCUAAUCUCCAGGACCUGUGAACGUGGCCUUAUCUGGAAAAGAGGUCUUUGUGACGUAGUUAAGAGCUCGGGAUGAGAGCAUCCUGGAUCAUCUGGGCCCUAAAUCCAAUGCCAUACACUGGAUGUGAGAGCACACACAGAGAUGUGCAGGCAGAGGUGGAGUGGCGUGUCUACAAGCCAAGGAAAUGCGAGGAUUGCUGGCAGCCGUAAGCAGCUGGCGAGCUGUAGGACGGACCCUCCUGAAGGAGCCAGCCCUGCGGACACCUUCAUUUCUGGCUCUGGCCUCCAGACCAUGAGGGAGCAAAUUGCUGCUGCUUUAGCUGCCUGGUGAGGGGGUAGGAGAUGUCGCGUCGGGGAACCCUCCAAGGCUGCCAGGUGGCUCAGGGUGGAGCCGUACGUGGCCUGACCAUUCGCAGGUUGGGGCUGCAGAAGGGGCACGCGCCAGGACGCACGGCCCUGAGCUGCAGUUCGCCAGCACCACGCAGACGGCACCACCUCCGCCACUCGGCACUGCGGGCCAUCCCCCUUCCUGGUCUUGAUGUGGUCCCCGUGCCAUGGCUCUCCUGUGCAGUGCCCAGCAAUCUUCUACCCCGAGUAGGUGCUUCUUUUUUGGAAGUGUUUUCUUGAUCCCUUGUUUGGCCACUGUGAGGAGUGGGCCUGGGAGGCCAUCCUUUCCUGUGGGUCUCAGGCCUGAGCAGGCCGAGGCAGGGGGAAGACCGAGAGCAUUCCUGGAUGUGGCUGCCACGUGGGUGCUGAGGGCUCCCCAGUGAGCCUCAGAGCAGACCCGCACAGGCCGAGACACACAGGCUCCCCUUGCCCCUGCUGCUCUGGGGCAGGAGGAAGGGGAGAGAGUGGCGCUGAUGCCCAAGGGAAGACACUGCUGACAGUGCACUUCAGCAGAAGUCUCCUGGAGCAACAGCCAAGGGCUGACUAGGAGCUGCACCGACAGGGCUGCCGCGGAGGGAUGGGCCUGGGGGCCAGGGGGCCAGGCAGAUGGCCCUCAGUGAGGCCAACCUCACGGUAUAGAGAUGCGAAAAGAUACCAUGAAACUGCCCCCUGAUGGUUCUGUUGGCAGAACAAAGGC